GGACGGGCAUCGGGGCCAUGCAAAGGACAGCGAGCAGAGAGCUGGCCUUGGCGCCUCUGCAAGACUGGGGCGAGGAGACAGAGGACGGCGCCGUGUACAGCGUCUCCCUGCGGCGGCAGCGCAGCCAGCGCUCGACCCCAGAGGGGCCUGGAGACGACCAGGUGCGGAAGGGGCUGGAGGCUCCCACCCCGGUUGCUGACACCUUCCUCCAGUACCGCACCAGCAAGGUGCGGGCGCUGAGGGCCGCCCGACUAGAGCGGCUGGUGCAUGAGUUGGUGUCCGGAGACCGUGAACAGGAUCCUGGCUUCGUGCCUGCCUUCCUGGCCACACACCAGGCCUUUGUGCCCACAGCCCGAGUUCUGGGCUUUCUGCUGCCCCCGCCGCCGCCGCCGCUGCCACCACCACCUCCUGGGGUAGACAGCAAGAGGGCAGAGGCACAGGAUCUGAGCUUCAGCAAGCAUCUGAGGGCUGUGGUUUCGGUACUCGGUUCUUGGCUGCGAGAUCAUCCUCAGGACUUCUGGGAUCCCCCUGCCCAUCAGAACCUGGGGAAUGUCCUAAUAUUUUUGGGCUGGGCAGCCCCAGGAGGGGCAGAAGCCAGGGAAGCAGAGAAGCUUCUAGAAGAGUUCUUGGAAGAGGCUAAGGGAGAACAGGCAGAGGAGGAGCGGCGACUGGCUUGGGCUGGCCCUUCCAGGGCUGCCCAGUCUCCCAGAUCAGAAUUCUCCGAGGACUUCGAGGAAGACGAAGACCCCAGUUCUGAAGGCCCCGAGCUCCUGGACUUCAGAGUGGAUGAGGUGGCGGAGCAGCUGACCCUUAUGGACGUGGAGCUCUUCUUGCGCGUGCGUACCUGUGAAUGUCUGGGUUCCAUGUGGUCUCAGCGUGACCGGCCGGGGGCUGCAGGCAUUUCUCCCACAGUGCGUGCCACCGUGGCCCAGUUCAAUGCAGUUACGGGCUGCGUGCUGGGCUCGGUGCUCGCAGCGCCUGGCCUGGCAGCCUCGCAGAGGGCACAGCGCAUCGAAAAGUGGAUCCGCAUCGCGCAGCGCUGCAGGGAACUUGGCAAUUUCUCUUCAUUGAGAGCUAUCCUGUCGGCCCUGCAGUCUAACCCCAUCUACAGGCUCAAGCGCAGCUGGGGAUCUGUGAGCCGGGAACCACUGUCCACCUUCAAGAAACUGUCGCAGAUAUUUUCUGAUGAGAAUAAUCAUCUCAGCUGCCGAGCAAUUCUUUCCCAGGAGGAGACCACUGAGGGACCCCAUGAUGACGACUGCCUCCCAGGAAGUCUGCCGUCAAAACUGUCCCCAGGUCCUGUCCCCUACCUUGGCACCUUUCUCACAGACUUGAUUAUGCUGGACACAGCCUUACCGGAUAUGUUGAAGGGAAAUCUCAUCAACUUUGAGAAGAGGAGGAAGGAAUGGGAGAUCCUGGCCCGAAUCCAGCAGCUACAGCAUCGCUGCCAACUCUACAGCCUGAGUCCCCACCCACCAAUCCUGGCUGCCCUUCGAGCCCAGCGCCAGCUCAGUGAGGAACAGAGCUACCGGGUCUCCCGUGUCAUUGAGCCACCAGCUGCCUCCUGUCCCAGCUCCCCACGUAUCCGGCGGCGAAUCAGCCUCACAAAGCGGCUCAGUGCGAAGCUGUCCCGGGAGAAGAACUCUUCCCCUAGUGAGAGUCCCGGGGACCCGUCCUCACCAGCCUCCAGUGUGUCUCCAGGGUCUCCCCCAUCCAGUCCCAGAAACCGAGAGCCUCCUCCUGGUAGUCCGCCAGCCUCCCCAGGACCCCAGAGCUCCAGCAACAAGCCAUCUCUGAACACGGAAUCCUCCACAACCUUGACCCUGAGCAACCCUCGAAUUCCUCUCCUUGGGCAGCAGACCUCAGAGGCCCGUGUCAUUCGAGUCAGCAUCGACAAUAACCAUGGGAACUUGUAUCGGAGCAUCUUGCUCACUUGUCAGGACAAAGCCCCCAGCGUGGUGCAAAGAGCCCUGGAGAAGCACAAUGUGCCUCAGUCCUGGGCCCGUGACUACCAGCUCUUCCAGGUCCUACCUGGAGACAGAGAGCUCCUGAUUCCGGACAGUGCCAACGUCUUCUAUGCAAUGAGCCCAACCGCCCCUGGCGACUUCUUGUUGCGUCGGAAAGAGGGGACAAGGCAUACACCUUCAGCUUCCCCAACCUGAAGCAGCACUCACCACGGACAGCUUGGUACCUGGCUUCUACCACCAUUAAAGUAGGGGUCCAUUUCCUGAAGAGCUUCCGUCCCCCAAUGGAAGCCAUCUUAUUCCAUAUCCUGGGGAUUCCCCAGCCUUAGCCCAUCAGACACCAUCUCUCUGACUUCCUGAGCACUUGGCCAUUACUCCAGAAACAUGGAUGUGUGAGAAAAGUGUAGAACUCAGAAAAAUCAAGAGCUUAAAGAGCUGGGAGCUUAGCUUAGUGGCAGGGCACUUGCCCAGCAUGCCCUAGACCCUGGAUGUUUUCAGCACUACCCAAAAUAAAAGUCCUAUACAGUGUAGUUAAGUUAGAUCCUAACACGUGGCACCAGGGGUCUGAGAGCCAGCACUGAGUAUAUCCAGCAUGUUGCCACAUGCCCAUAAUCCCAGUGCUCAGGAGCUGCAGGUAGGAGAAUCAGGAGUUUGUCAUCCUCAGCUACAUAGUGAACUGAAGGCAAACCUGGGCUACAUCAUAAAACUUCAUUUAAAAAAAACAAAACUAAGAAAAGGUUGAAAAAAUCCUCACGAGAGUUCAGGGUUUUCUCCCCCCCCCCCCCCGGCUUUCAGAAGGAGCGACCCUGCCUCUCCAUCACAUGAGUGGAGAUGUGGGAGGAGGGAGGAGUUUGUCAUCACUUGCAAAUACAGGCAGCGAGAAACUGGGCAUGGCGGUGAAUGGCCCUAGCACUGUGGAGGCAGGAGGAUCUCAAGUCCAAGGUCAUUUUCAGCUGUAGUGGGAGUUCCAGACCAGCCUGUGACAUUAUUCCCUAUCUCAAAUAAGCAAAGAGAGACAGUGUGGAUGAAGUGAGCUCGGAGGUAACCUCAAAACAGCAGCAGCACACUGGCUUCCGAGAUUCUGCUGUAAACUAGACCUCAACAGGAAGGGGCUCUAGGUCUCACCGAGUUCUUCCAUUUUUAAGGGGUCUGUAAAAUGCCUUAGUGAGGUAACCUCAAUUCAGAUCCCCAGCACCCACAUAAACAGCAGGGCAUGGUGGGGUAUGUGUGUAAUCCCAGUCUAGGAGUGGAGAGAGACAGGUCCCAGGGGUUUGCUAGCCAUCAUUCACGUGAGACCCUGUCUCAAUAAUGUUGAGGACCAUCAAGAUGACUCAGUGGGUAAAGGUGCUUGUGAGGCAAGUCCGGCGUCCUGAGUUCAAUCCCAGGAUCUAUGUAAAGAUGGAAGGAGAGAACGGACUCCACAAAGGGGUCUUCUGACCUGUGUGUGUGCACCAAGAUAUGUGCUCUCAGCACACAUUCCAAGACAGGGUUUCUGUGUGUAACAGCCCUGGCUGUCCUAGAGAUCGCUCUGUAGACCAGGUUUGCCUCAAACUCACUGAGAUCCGCCUGCUUAUGCCUCCUGAGUGCUGGGAUUACAGGCGUGCGCCACCACCGCCCGGCCCGAGAGUAAUAUUUUUAAAUAUUUUUAAAGUAAGGUAAAGAAUGAUAGAUAUCUGAUACCAACCUCUGGCCUCCAAUGGGAGUGUGCAUGAGUGAGCACACACACGCAUAAUACACACCCAUAAAUCCUAGUGAAAUAGGCACUUGCCAAAAAGAAAUUGAUAUCUGCUGUAUUGAAAAGUCCAAUAAUGGCGAGGCAGUAGUGGUAGCAUUCAGGAGGCAGAGGCAGGAGCAUCUCUGAGUUUGAGAUCAGGUCAGCCUGGUCUACAGAGAAAAUUCCAGGACAGCCAGAAUACACAGAGAAACACUGCCUUGAAAAAAAACAAUGAAAGAGAGAGAGAGCAAGAAAAGAGAAAAGUCUAAUACGGGGCUGGAGAAAUCGCUCAGUGGUUAAGAGCACUUCUUCUUGCUAAGGAUCUGGCUUCUAUUCCCAGCACCCUCAAGGAGGCUCACCACUCCCUCAGCACUUGGCACUCACAUAGAGGCGACUCUGAUUUGCUCUGAGAAUAAGAUUGUCUGUUCUCCCUCAAAUUCACUCACCUCGUAUGGAACUAAAGCCAGUGAUCUUCAGCUACUCAAAGUAAAAGCCACAGAUGUACUUGCCGCUCUAGCAUACAGAAAGCCAAAAGUGAAGGAAGAUGGGCUUAAGGGCAACCCAAGUUACAUAAGAGACCCUGUGUCAAAGCAAUAUGAACACUUUUCCUGUGUUAGGGCUCAAACCCUGGGCCUUGUACAUGGUGGGCAAUUGCUCUGCCACUGAUCUACAACAAAAGCUGUUUUAUCUGACUCCUAUAGCAAAUAUGGUCACGUGAUUAAUUCUUGGCCAAUGAGAGAUACAAUGAAGGGAAGUUGGCCAAUUCCGAGGGCUACUCUUAAAUGGGAGGGGUGAGUCUUCCCCUUCCACAUUUCCUGCUUUCUGCUGGUUAGAUUGAAGACAUGAGAUAACUGGUCUGGUUGAGUAGUCACAUCCUCUGAGUAACUGAGCAACAAGUGGGAAGGCACCUGGGCCCUUGGGGUUGGACAACUGCUGUGUGAAUUGCUGUCACUUGGAGAGUAAUGUCAGAAAUAAAUUGCUAUCUCCUUCUGCUAUCCAUGGUUUUGUCAUAGCAGCCAAAAGAACAUUUUUAUGCUAGAGGUUGGUGGAACACUCCUUUAGUCCCAGCACUAAGACAGAGGCAGGUGAAUUUCUGAGCUUGAGACCAGCCUGG